ACAACCACAACUGCAGCUCCAACUACAACAACUGUAGCUCCUACAACCACCACAACUGCAGCACCUACUACGACAACCACAACACCUACUAUAACAACCACAGCACCUACUAUGACAACCACAACUGUAGCUCCUACGACAACCACAACUGCAGCUCCAACUACAACAACUGUAGCUCCUAUGACCCCCACAACUGCAGCACCUACAACGACAACUGUAGCUCCUACGACCACAACUACACCACCUACUUCAACAACCGCUGCAGCAUCUGCUAAAAUAACUACAACUGAUACUCCUACAACCACAUCUGUAGCUCCUGUGACCACUACAACUGCAGCACCUACUUCAACAACUACAACUGAAGCUCCUACGAUAACCACAACUGCAGCACCUACUACGACAACUACAACCGAAGCUGCUACGACAACCACGACUUCAGCACCUACGACAGCUACAACACCUACUACGACAGCUACAACACCUACUACGACAACCACAACACCUACUACGACAACCACAACACCUACUACGACAACCACAACUGUACCUCCUACGACAACCACAACUGUACCUCCUACGACAACCACAACUGUACCUCCUACGACAACCACAACUGUACCUCCUACAACAACCACAACUGUACCUCCUACGACAACCACAACUGCAUCUCCAACUACAACAACUGUAGCUCCUAUGACGCCCACAACUGCAGCACCUACAACGACAACUGUAGCUCCUACGACCACAACUGCAGCACCUACUACGACAACUACAACCGAAACUGCUACAACAACCACGACUUCAGCACCUACUACAACAACUACAACACCUACUAUGACAACCACAACACCUACUGUGACAACCACAACUGUAGCUCCUACGAAAACCACAACUGCAGCUCCAACUACAACAACUGUAGCUCCUACGACCACCACAACUGCAGCACCUACUACGACAACCACAACCGAAGCUGCUACGACAACCACGACUUCAGCGCCUACUACGACAACUACAACACCUACAUUACCUACUACGACAACCACAACACCUACUACGACAACCACAACUGCAGCUCCAACUACAACAACUGUAGCUCCUACGACCACCACAACUGCAGCACCUACUACGACAACCACAACACCUACUAUGACAACCACAAAACCUACUACGACAACCACAACACCUACUACGGCAACCACAACACCUACUACGACAACCACAACACCUACUACGACAACCACAACACCUACUACGACAACCACAACUGUACCUCCUACGACAACCACAACUGCAGCUCCAACUACAACAACUGUAGCUCCUACGACCACAACUGCAGCACCUACUACGACAACUGUAGCUCCUACGACCACAACUACACCACCUACUUCAACAACCGCUGCAGCAUCUGCUGAAAUAACUACAACUGAUACUCCUACAACCACAUCUGUAGCUCCUGUGACCACUACAACUGCAGCACCUACUUCAACAACUACAACUGAAGCUCCUACGAUAACCACAACUGCAGCACCUACUACGACAACUACAACCGAAGCUGCUACGACAACCACGACUUCAGCACCUACGACAGCUACAACACCUACUACGACAGCUACAACACCUACUACGACAACCACAACACCUACUACGACAACCACAACUGUACCUCCCUCCUACGACAACCACAACUGUAGCUCCAUCUACAACAUCUGUAGCUCCUAUGGCCACUACAACUGCAGCACCUACUUCAACAACCACUGCAUCUCCUACUACAACAACCACUGCAGCUCAUACAACCACUACAACAGCAGCACCUACGACAACAACUACAAAUGCAGCUCCUACGACAACCACAACAGAAGCCCCUACAACAACAACUGUAGCUUCUACGACAACAAAUAUAUCCCCAACCACUACAACGUCAGCAGCUACUGCGAAAAUAACUUCAGCUCCUACUACAACAACUGUAGCUCUUACAACCACAACGACUGCUUCACAUACUACAACGAUAACUAA